UGUCUCUGUGUGUGCUUGAUUGAGAGAAUUUGUUCUCUCUAUAGUGUUCCUAUUCAGCACUGCAGCAGAGGAAAACUGCAGAGUAAGAUCCACCCAAUCUGAUAGUCAUCCCUUACUGGUGGCCUUUCAGCACUGAGAGGAGGACAGCUCCCUGCACUGCGAGCUUCUGCUGAUGUGCUCACAGGAGGCAACUGUCUCGAGGUGAUCGAACAAGCCCUAUGGUGAUCUGCUGAUGUGAAGAGAUGUGUUCUUGAGAAUUGUUAUCUUAUACACUGCACAACAAAAGCACUGAGCCAAUUCCAGAACAGAUCGACAGUGACUAGUAUUUGGAAAUUGUAAACAAUGGAAAACUCCUACAGGGACAGGACUUCACUAGUAAGAGGUGCUAAAGAUAUAGCCAAGGAAGCAAAGAGACAUACAUCAAAAAGUUCAAGCCGAGUAGUGGAAGUAGAUCAUGAUGGGUAUACUUACAGAUCCAACAACCAGUACCCCAAUGAAGAGCCAUAUGCACAUGGAAACUAUAAUGAAGAAGGUAAUGAUGAUGAAGGGUCUAGUGAAGCAACAGAAGGACAUGAUGAAGAUGAUGAGAUGUAUGAAGGAGAAUACCAAGGAAUACCAGGCAUGAGUCAGGCUAAAGAUGGCUUGGUGGCUUUGGGCCAGCCUAUCUCUGAUGAAUAUAAAGAUCAACGUGAGUUAGAAAGUGAAAGGAAAGCAGAUGAAGAAGAACUGGCUCAACAGUAUGAGCUAAUAAUUCAAGAAUGUGGACAUGGCCGUUUUCAAUGGACUCUCUUCUUUGUCCUUGGAAUGGCAUUAAUGGCUGAUGGAGUAGAAGUAUUUGUGGUUGGAUUUGUGCUGCCUAGUGCAGAGACAGAUAUGUGCAUUCCUAAUUCAGGCUCAGGGUGGCUUGGCAGCAUAGUAUACCUGGGGAUGAUGAUGGGAGCCUUCUUCUGGGGAGGACUGGCUGAUAAAGUAGGAAGAAAGCAGUCUCUUCUGAUCUGUAUGUCCGUCAAUGGAUUUUUCGCAUUCCUUUCUUCCUUUGUUCAGGGAUACGGACUGUUUCUUGUUUGCCGCUUACUCUCUGGGUUUGGCAUCGGAGGAGCACUUCCCACAGCAUUUUCUUACUUUUCUGAAGUGCUUGCAAGGGAGAAGAGAGGAGAACAUUUAAGUUGGUUAUGCAUGUUUUGGAUGAUUGGUGGGAUCUACGCAUCCGCUAUGGCUUGGGCUAUAAUUCCACAUUAUGGAUGGAGUUUCAGCAUGGGAUCUGCCUAUCAGUUCCACAGCUGGAGAGUGUUCGUCAUUGUUUGUGCACUUCCCUGUGUUUCUGCAGUAGUUGCUCUAACUUUCAUGCCAGAAAGUCCGAGGUUUCUAUUAGAGAUCGGAAAGCACGAUGAAGCCUGGAUGAUCCUGAAACAAAUUCACGACACAAACAUGAGAGCCCGAGGACAACCAGAAAAAGUCUUCACGGUUCAAAGAAUAAAGACUCCAAAACAAAUUGACGAGCUUAUAGAAAUAGAGACAGAUACAGGAACCUGGUACAAAAGGUGCUUUGUCAGAAUCCGCACAGAGCUUUAUGGUAUAUGGUUGACGUUCACAAGGUGCUUUGACUACCCUGUCAAAGAUAACACAAUCAAGUUGACUGUAGUAUGGCUCACACUAUCAUUUGGAUACUACGGCUUGUCAGUAUGGUUUUCCGAUGUUAUCAGACACCUACAAGAGAACGAAUAUGCAUUAAGAGUGAAAAAUUUUAACGGGCAACAUAUUUCAAACUACACCUUUAACUUCACCCUGGAAAACCAGAUCCAUACAAAUGGAGAGUUUGUCAAUGACAGGUUCCUGUCAAUGAAGUUUAAGUCAGUUGUCUUCCAAGACUCUCUCUUUGAGAAAUGUUACUUUGAGGAUGUCACUUCACUAAACACAUACUUCAAGAACUGCACCUUUAUAAAUUCACAUUUUGUCAACACAGACCUUGAGAAGUACAAGUUUACUGAUAGUAACCUGGAUAACUGCACAUUUACUGAGCCUAAAGUUGGAUGUCAGAUUACCUUUGAUGAUGACUACAGUGCAUACUGGAUCUACUUUGUUAAUUUCCUGGGGACAUUGGCUGUUUUGCCAGGCAACAUUGUCUCAGCUCUUCUAAUGGACAAGAUUGGGCGACUGACAAUGUUAGGAGGCUCGAUGGUGCUGUCUGGUAUCAGUUGUUUCCUGCUGUGGUUUGGUACCAGUGAGUCUAUGAUGGUUGGCAUGUUGUGCGUCUACAAUGGUCUUACUAUUUCUGCCUGGAAUUCCCUUGAUGUGGUUACUGUGGAGCUCUACCCUACUGACAAAAGGGCAACCGGCUUUGGGUUUUUGAAUGCACUAUGCAAAGCAGCAGCUGUACUUGGGAACUUGAUAUUUGGUUCACUUGUUGGAAUCACCAAAGCUAUUCCGAUCUUGCUGGCCUCUACUGUCCUUGUUUGUGGAGGUCUAGUGGGACUGCGACUUCCUGAUACCAGAAACCAGGUGUUGAUGUAAACGGAAACAAAAGCCAUCUGUAAUAUUACGUUACUUUUCCUGAAUUUCCCUGCAGUGAUCACCCUGGCCAAAUCAAAUCCUGAGAAAUCCAUUGAAACAUUCACUCUCACUACAAUUAUCCUUGCUGUAGAUAUAGACCGCAAUCAUAUAUUUUUCCAAUGCUUUUAAUUUUCUUAAGACUUUUGUUUUUUUAUGACACCUACAAAUUUGGACUGUGGAUAAUUCUGAAUGUCUGUAGUUUAUCCUAAAUUUGAUUUCUGAUGUUUUCUUAUUUACCCAGCCUGAGAGGAUAAAUGCUAACUAGAAAUAACCACUUAAUUGAGUCUAUGUUUUCUUAUUAACUGAAGGUGAACAAUUUUUAAAGGGAAACAAUAUUUUAAUAGCAGGUGCUUUAGCUGUUGGCAGAUAAGCUGCUGUGCUUUUUUUUUCUAUAGAAAUUAGCAUAUUACAUGUCAUACUUUGCUAUAUAAUGUAUCAAAUCACUAGUUCUAACUAGUAAGUGGGUUGGAUUUGGAGACAGACAUUUAUCGCAAGUAAAUUAAUAAUGAUAGAAUGCAAUGGAAAAAUGAAAUAAAAAGAAA